AUGUCGGCUCCGGCAUCGGAAGACUAUGCGAAUCUCACUUUUGCGACGAUUUUCCAAUCGCGCCUCUUGAAGUUCGGAAAACAGAUUCAGCGCAGGCAACUCGAUCUUCCCGAAUAUGCGGCUAGCUUUGUCAACUACAAAGCUUUGAAGAAGCUUAUCAAACACCUGAGUGCUACCCCGACGAUUGCAGCGCAGGGUGCCCCUGCUCCCCCGGCCGAUCUUGAUCCUCAGUCAGCCUUGCGCGCCAAUAAAGAAGUGUUCUUCUUCCGUUUGGAGCGCGAAAUUGAAAAGGUCAACGCAUUCUACGUGCAAAAAGAGUCAGAGUUUUCUACGCGAUUAAAGACGCUUUUGGACAAGAAACGUGUCGUGCAGUCUCGUGCUCAUGCAGACAAAAAAGCACCGACGUAUUUCGUCUCCCUGUUCGAGGGCUUUUUGCAGUUCGAUAGUGAUUUGAAUAAGCUGCAGCAAUUUGUGGAAAUUAAUGAAACUGCCGUUUCGAAAAUCCUCAAAAAGUGGGAUAAAACAUCAAAGUCUCGCAUGAAAGAGCUGUAUCUGCAACGCGCCGUCGAAGUCCAACCAUGCUUCAACCGAGAGGUUCUCCGCGAUCUAUCAGACAGAGCGACCACGGUGCGAUUGGAUUUAGAAGCCUGGGCAGAGGGAGAAAAUAUCCGCUUUGACGUUGCUCGAACAACUGAGCGGACAGAAACAGCGUUGAAAGAUGAAGACGAACAAACAGACCUCCAGGUCCUCCACAUGGCGGCUGCAGGAAACAUUAUCGCACUGCAAGAGUGGAUCACGAAGCUUAGAACUACCCCAGAUUCUCGUGACCGAAUGACUCGUUUGUUCUUAGCCGCCGUUACCGACUUCUCCGACGAAAUUCUAGGAGCCAUUUUGGAAAGCGGUCUCGUGGAUCUGCACGCAGAAGAUGACAUUAACGGGCGGAAUUGUCUUCACGAGGCAGCUAUCUCAGGCCAGACUUUUGUUUUCGAGGCCGGCCUCAAGAACGAAGUUGAUAUUUCUACGCCCGAUGUCUACGGCAGGAUUCCACUACACUAUGCCUGUAUACAUGGACGCGUGGAUAUGGUUCGAAAACUUCUUGCUUCCGCCCCGGAUUCGGUGAACAGUCUCGACCACGAUAACUUCACCCCUCUUAUUCACAGUAUCGUGCGGAAUCGGUUAGAAUGUGCGAAAUUGGUGCUAAACAACAAUGCGAGAAUUAAUCCUACUUCCGACACGGAUCACAUCCCUUUGAACCUUGCCUGUCAGCAUGGAACUGUUGCCAUCGCCGAAAUAUUGCUACAGAAGGGAGCUACUCUGCUUCCAGAUGCCGAAGGCCUUUACCCUCAGCACCUUGUCGCACGCUCUGGACGAGCUCCAGAGAUGUUGGCGUUGCUCAAGAAGCACGGCGCGGACUUGGACCAGACCGACAAGCUCUAUCAAUGGACUCCGUUAUUCCACGCAGCUAGUGAAGGUUGUGUGGAUUGUCUACACACUCUCCUUGAGCUUGGUGUGGAUACCUCUGUCCUUGACGAAAAGGGUUUGUCCGCUAUGUAUUACGCUGCUUGGGAAGGACAUCUUGAAUGCAUGGCUCAACUCUGGUCAAAGCGAGAUCCAUCCCUACCUCAUCGUCCUCUUGUAAGCCAUCAAGUCGUACCCCAGAUCGGUGGCUCGACAACUGGGUAUGAUGGUUUCCGCACCGACACUGGUCCAUCGGCAUUUAGCUCUGAAGGUCCCGAUGGAAUUCCUGAUCUUGAACUUCCUCCUCCCAUAAUCCCGCUACGACGCUACGGCCAUAACUUCUUGGACACUAAAGCUUUUGUCCAGAUCUAUUUUGACAUUUCUAAACGUGGGCCGAUUGUUUUCGAUCAGAGUGGACGCUACCCGGCUUCUCGUCUUACCAUGUCUUCCAAACUUUCGGAUGUGAUACCUCGCACUAUCAUGCUACCAGUUCAAGAGGACUCCCGGAUCGUUACAUUCCAGGUUGACACCCUAGAAAACUUUGUCAUUGAGUUUGAGAUAUUCCCUACCUUUGGUUCCAAGGUGAUAGCAAAGACAGUGGCUCUUCCAUCACUCUUCUCCGCAGAAAAUUCGAGUGCAGGAAGCUGCUCCCUGCCAUUGUUCGACCCAAGAUUGCGCUCAAUUGGUCAGAUUCGCUUCGACUUCCAAGUGAUCAAACCUUACUACGGUGACCCGCUGGAAAUCACACAUUUUGCUACCUACUGGAAAGCAACCAAUGCAAUUGAUGCUGACCACAAUGGUCUGAUUACAGGCUCAAGUCUAUCUGGAGACUAUGUGCAACUCUUUGUACAGCUUACCAAGGAUAGAGUACCCAUACUGUACCCAAUGUUCUCUAUCAACCACUUUGGCAUUGACAUACCCAUCUGCACGAUCACCUACGAGCAAUUUACAACAAUUGCUCGGGAACGUGGUAUUGAUACUCAAGCAGUACUCGAGAGUUUGCACUCGAAGACUGCAAACGAUAUGGCUUCCAUUCACAAACAGCUCGCCCAUUCCUUCUUGUCUUUACAGGAUGUUCUCCUGCAUCUUCCUACCGGUAUCCAUGUCAAUCUCACCGUUCUCUACCCAUCGCCCGCCGAAGAAAAGGAGCUCAGUCUCGGCUCUUUGGCAGAUAUCAACACUUUUGGGGACUGUAUUCUCCACGUUGUUUUCGACCACGCCAGAGCAUCGCGAGAAAAGAGCCCAGACUUUAUGCGGUCGGUUGUCUUCACUUCGUAUAACACCAACAUCUGCACAGCAUUGAACUGGAAACAACCCAAUUACCCGGUACUCCUGUGCAACGACCUGGGACAGAUUGGAGACUUUACUCGAGAAGCCAGCACAUCUACAGCAAUCAAGUCUGAUGGCCACACUUCCAUGUCCAUCAAGGAGGCUGCACGUAUAGCCCAGUCGAAUAACUUCAUGGGUGUGAUUUGUCGGUCUAGUCUAUUGAAUGUCAUGCCAGCCCUCAUUGAGACAAUCAAAGAACAGGGUCUUGUGCUGAUUGCCGACACCUCCGAUGAAUCAGCAACCUCGUCAUUGACUACAACUACCACAAGAGCUGCCACAGAUUGGGCAUAUAGAGCGCCAGAGGGCGUCAACGGCGUAAUGAAAGCAACCGGAGUACUUCGGUUCAACGAAAGUAUUGAUAUGUGA